UGAACACCCACGCAUCGUAGCGAAUUUCAAGUGUAUUCCCUUUUGGACCAACGCUGUCACCAGGGUUGAUUACAUAGAAUAGUUCUUGACUCACAACUUGCCUGUACUGGUAGAGAUGAAUUUGAGGAAACGCGCCAAGAUAAAAACAUGUGACUGCGAUUUGUGGGGGACGGAGAAGGAGGAAGGAGCGAUGAGAAGGGUCCAAAAGGGAAGGCCUGGCGAGAGGAAUUUCGCGUCUAUCCUGGACUGCGUUCGAGAUGCCACGUCUGUUCUCCCAUUUAUGACCCAGGCAUCUCUCAUGGUCCUUUUUCCAUCGCUCUUGAAAACAAGGUGACAAUGGCAUCAUCAUAAAAACACACACUCGAUUUCCUUCAUCUGCCCGUCAUGUCGCAAGAUCCAGACACGCCGGCUUCGGGUUCCCCCUUGUCUGAUAUUGAUUCAGAUGAGUUCCCUGAAGACGUCAAAUUCAAUCACCACCGUUCGCGAUCACACUCCCGCGACUCGACCAUCUCGGCGUCAGACGAUGGAACCACCUCUCCAUUGAGUCCUACUGCUCGUCACGUCGGAGUUCCUCCAGCCAAGCGACGAAAGACAGGCAACUCGAGCUAUGAUCACGCCACACCCCAGUCAGCCUCAACCAUCAUCCCUCCCCGCUCGCCAACAGGAUCAAUCUCAAGCGAUACUGAUGGCUCAGUACCUACAUCGCCGUCGUUUGCCAACCUUGGGCCUACCCAUCCUCUAUCGACUGCCUAUGCUGCUGCACAAGCGAACCCGGACAACCCAGAACUAGGAGACUAUGUCCAGGUGACCAAAUGUCUGUGGGAAAAGUGUUCCGACCGAGAACAGGGCAAUAUGGAUAACCUAGUCUCCCACAUCAACGAUGUUCAUAUCAUCCCUCGUCAGAAGAAGUACUACUGCGACUGGGAAGGCUGCAUCCGAAAAGGCCAACCCCACACUAGUGCCUACGCGCUCAAAGCACACAUGCGAAGCCACACCAAAGAAAAACCAUUCAUGUGUCAACUCCCAGAAUGCGAUCGCAGUUUUACAAGAUCCGACGCAUUGGCCAAACACAUGCGGACUGUCCACGAGACGGAAGCUUUGCGACCUAGUGAUCCUGUCCCCCGAGGUCACACCGGUGGCAUCUCUAACGGAGGUGCAGGUGCAGCUCCAAUGAGGAGGCUAAAGCUCACCAUGGGAGGUAAAAGCAACGGAGAGAAAAAGUCGAGUUUGUUAGGGGACCUACCGCCCCUACUCACUCGAUAUACAGCAUCAUUGCUAGGGAUUCACCCCGAGGAUGUUGAAAUGGCAGAUGUUGAUGGAUCGGAAGAGUUGGCAGAUGCCGUCGAUAUCGACAGCGUGCCGUUCUCCUUGCCAAUCGCUGAAGACUUCUACCCGCCUGAGAUCUGGGCUGACAUGGAAGAAUACGAACGCACACUUCCCCCUUCUCAAUAUUUCCGGCUCCUGCGCCGACAAAUUCACUGGGCCGAACGAGAAGGUCGGGAGCUGCAACAUCAGCUGGAGCUGAAGCGAAUGGAGGUUGAGGAUUCCAAGGGUCUGAUCUCGAGAAAGGGAGCUGGAGAUGAGAAGGGAGCGGAUGAGAACCGGAAACUGGCAGCCCAGGCCAACGAAGAGUUGCUCGACGCGCUAUUGCGGACUGAAGCCGCGCACGUGGCGGAAAUGUUCACAGGAGAACCAAAUUCGUUUGAUGGCCAGACCCCAUCACAGAUCAUCAAAUCAUUGGAACAACUUACCGCGAAGGAGACAGCAGAGGCCAGCUGAUUUGGAGUAUGAUUUCGGCUCGACAGUAUACCUGAAAGUAAUCUGCACGUCGGGCUAGCCAAUGCCAUGAAAUAUUGAUUAUUGCCUGGCAAUCAGUUUUCAUAUUGACUCGCUCGGCAACCUGCUUACAGGGCUGUGACUAUAUGGACUUCAAACGCGAAAAGGAAGACGUGGAUGUAAGGGAGGUUGUUGAGGUGGCAGUGACUCGUCUGAAAAUGGCCUAACCGGUCAAGAGUCCACGGGGAUCACGUCCUUGAAAAUGUCCGCAGGCUGGCUGCGUCUUGCUAUACGAUGAUAUUUCGUGGGGCACGAGGGGAGGCACGGUGACGCACAACUUGGGCCUGAGUGGAGCAACGAGGAUAUGGAUGGUCCUCAAAAGGAAGGGCAGAACGGUCGUUGAUAGGGAGAGAGCUUCUCAGAGCAAUAAACCACGCAACUGGAACCUGCAGUAGUG